GCUUACAAUUUUACGCCACCCUCAAAUUCAAAAUCUCCUCAAAUCCCAGCCGUCCAUCCAACCCCAACGCCACCCUUGUUACCAAACCCAUAAUAGUCAAUUAGUCAUAGUGAGUAGAGUACUAGCGCUCAACUUCUCCUUUCAAGAUUUCAAGACUCCCCCCUCCCCUCUCCAAAUACUACACAGCACAUGAAGAAUCUGCGGAGAAACUCGCUUAAUUUCCCUUCUUACCACUGCUUAUAGAGCAUUAAAUCAAGCCGAAGAGUAAAAAUCAAGCACUGGAUCAGCUAAAUAUAGCUCCUUUUCUCUACCUCAGAGGAACAUAAUUUCAGGGUCUCGUGGACUGAGAAUUCUUUUUGUCAUUUCCUCAGCCAGAAUGUUGAGAGAUUUCAAGUUCUUGCGCCGAAACACGGGGAAGGAUUCCAGUAUAGAGGAUGCUGAGAAUGUUCCACUGAAUCCAAAGGACUCAUUGGUUCCUCAGAUUGGUUCAGAUUCAUCAUCAAGGCCCCCCUUAAAUGUCAUUCAAGAACCAGCCCAGGUUUUGAAAGGUGGCUUAGAUCAAGAAAUGAGUGUUAGGGUCAGUAAAACUGAUAGAACCCCUACUAAGUCCACCAAAGCUACAACCUCAGUGCACCUUCGUACACCGGAAAAGCAAGGCAAAAAUCGAUUCGGUUGGGCCCAGAAAAGUGAAUCAAGUUCAAAUGCUGCAGAAAUGAAGGGUGAUGGGAAUGGUAAUACGCGGACAGUGGCCAAUGUUGUAACCCCUCGGUCGACUAGGACUAUAGGGAGGGCUAAUAAUUCCAGUUAUUCAGAGUGUAAUUCAACGCAAAGCACACCUACAAAGAGUGUGAGCAAGCCUCAAAAUCCGGGAUUAUGUUUGGCUAGUGGUUCUAGGCCUCCUCCUAGUGGUGGUGCUCGGAUGUCCAACUUUGCUGCUCUGUCUAAAGGGAUACCAAUUUCUUGUAAUUCAGUUACUGUUGUCAAUUCUGUCGAGGUCCCCCAUUUUGAACUCAAGGAGGACCACUCAUUCUGGUUGGAGCACAAUGUCCAGGUUUUGAUACGUGUACGGCCUCUCAGCAAUGCAGAAAAGAGUACUCAUGGUUACUCUAGGUGCCUGAAGCAGGAAAGUGCACAAACCAUCACCUGGAUUGGGCAACCUGAAACACGGUUCACAUUUGAUCAUGUUGCCUGUGAAUCAAUAGACCAGGAAACACUUUUCAGGUUGGUUGGUUUGCCAAUGGUGGAGAACUGCUUAUCUGGAUACAACAGCUGUAUGUUUGCUUAUGGGCAGACAGGAAGUGGGAAGACGCACACAAUGCUUGGUGACAUUGACGAGCUAGAAAUUAAACCCAGCUUAAAUCGUGGUAUGACGCCACGGAUAUUUGAGUUCUUGUUUGCAAGAAUCAGAGCAGAAGAGGAAAGUCGUAAGGAUGAGAAAUUACGAUAUCAUUGCAAAUGUUCAUUUUUAGAGAUCUAUAAUGAGCAGAUUAGCGAUCUCCUUGAUCCUUCAUCAACAAACUUACAGUUGCGUGAGGAUAUCAAGAAAGGUGUGUACGUUGAAAAUCUAUCAGAAUUUGAAGUCCAAACUGUUGGUGACAUUCUUAGACUUUUGAGACAGGGUUCUUCAAACAGGAAAGUUGCAGCUACCAAUAUGAACAGAGAAAGCAGCAGGUCACACAGUGUUUUUACAUGUGAAAUUGAGAGUAGUUGGGAAAAGGACUCCACAUGUAAUUUCCGUUUCGCACGGCUGAACCUUGUCGAUCUUGCUGGUUCUGAAAGGCAAAAGACUUCUGGCGCUGAAGGUGAACGUCUAAAGGAGGCAGCAAAUAUCAACAAAUCAUUAUCUACUCUAGGACAUGUAAUAAUGGUUCUUGUGGAUGUUGCAAAUGGAAGACCAAGGCAUAUUCCAUAUAGAGACUCCAGGCUGACAUUUUUGCUUCAGGAUUCUCUAGGUGGAAACUCGAAAACAAUGAUAAUAGCCAACGUCAGCCCUUCUAUUUGCUCAGCUGCAGAAACACUGAACACUUUAAAGUUUGCUCAGCGAGCAAAGCUCAUUCAGAACAAUGCUGUUGUUAAUGAAGAUACUUCUGGAGAUGUUGUCACAUUACAAAACCAGAUACGGCUUCUUAAGGAGGAGCUUUCUGUUCUCAAACAUCAAAAUGUAUCCCGGGCUUUGACAUUUGGUCCACUUAUGGUGAAUAAUACACAUGAAGAUGGCAGUAGUUGCUAUGAAGAAGCAUUUGAAAUAGAUCAGCAGCCUUAUUUACUUGAUAAAGACAAAGGCAGUCUGAGAUUAUCUACUAAACAGUUCAAAUCGUUGGAGACUACACUUGCUGGUGCUUUAAGGAGAGAAAAGAUGGCAGAAAUUUCUAUUAAACAACUUGAAGCUGAGAUUGAGCAGCUGAACCGUCUGGUGCGUCAAAGGGAGGAAGACACCAGGUGCACAAAGAUGAUGUUGAAAUUCAGGGAAGACAAGAUUCAACGAUUGGAGUCUCUUCUUGGUGGAUUAAUGCCAACAGAUGCUUACUUAUUGGAAGAGAACAGGGAGCUUUCCAAUGAAGUUCAGUUGCUUCGAGCCAAAGUAGAAAAAAAUCCAGAAGUGACUCGCUUUGCCCUUGAAAACAUUAGGCUUCUAGAACAACUUCGAAGAUUUCAGGACUUCUAUGAAGAAGGGGAGAGAGAAAUGCUAUCAGCAGAGGUAUCUGAACUUCGGGAUCAGUUAAUUUUUUCUCUUGACGGGACAUUGAAGCAACUUAACCAUCUAGACAUGAGCAUGCUGCCCAAUCAGCGCAUAGAUGUACUCGAAGAGAAUGAUUCAGUUCACGAAGAGUUAAAAAGGACACUGUGUGAAUUAGAAGAAUGCAGGACUAACCUAAACCGCUGCUUAGAGUACAAUGCAAAGCUCAGCAGGGAAGUUGAGGAUUUGCACUCUUCAUUAAGCAUUAGUAGAUCUGGAGCUGAGGAACAGGAUGGCAAUAUUAAAGUCAUUAAGGAGUCCAUAACGGAAGCUCCAUCUUUCCAUAAUGAGCCAAUAGAGGCUGCUCAGAAAGUGAAGAAAGAAACUUGGCCAGGAAAUAUGAAUGAACAAAUAGAAGAAGUUCUUGAUUUGCAACUGGAGUUGGAUAUUGUGAAAGUUAUUCUUAAAGAAGAGAGGUCUUACCGUCAGCAAGCUGAGACCAGGGCACAAUCCUUGAACAGAGAUCUUAGUCUGUCAAAGGAAAAGGUCCUUUUGAUAACCAAACAGUGUAAUGCUGUGGAAGAAGAACUAAAGGAAGCAAAAUCCAUCAUUGAAGCUCUCGAGUCACAACAAAUUCUAGUGAUCAAUGAGUUAGAGGAACUCAGAAACGCUAACACCCAGAACGUGGAAACUUUGCACAAACAGAAGCUUGAACUCUCUACUCUGAAGGAGCAAACUGGUUGUCAAGAUUUCAAAAAUCUUCCAUCAACUACGCACAAUGAAGAUUGUUCUUUAGAAGAGAAGCUGAACAAGAUGCAUGCUUCUCUAGAAAAAGCCAACAGACUCAAUAAGUGGUACCAAAGUGACAGAGCAUUUCAGGCAUCCAAUGAAGAACAAAUGGAUGAGGUCCGUAGGCAGGUUGAGGCUGAAACUGCCGAGGUCAUUGUAUGCCUGCAGGAAGAACUUUAUCUUCUUCAGCAAGAAGUCCAAGCAGGUAAUGAGAAAGAGAUGGAGACCAAAGAGAGCUUGGCAGUUUUGCAAACUGAAAUAAAAGAAUUGCAGGAAAAAUUAUCUUUGAUGACCCAAGAAAACACAAAAUUGAGCAAAUUGCUAGAGAACAAAGAAAAUGAAUUAGCACAAUUGUCUGGAGAAUGGGAUCUGUUGACCAAUGAGAUUGAAGCUGUUCUCCAAGGUGGGCAUGAGUCCCUUAAAGAUGCAUCAGAUCAACUGACUACUAUCUCAAGUUCAUUUCCCCAGAAAAGCAGUUGGAUUUCUGCACAAUUUGGAAGGAUGGCAAAACACAUUUUUGAGAAGGAAUUGCUGAUUGAAGAGCUCAACCAUUAUUUAGAUGUUGCUUCCAGUAAAAGAAACGAAAUGGAGUGCAUGCUGAGUUCUUUAAGAGGAGCCGCUCUGGUUAUGACUGAAGUGCACCAGCAAGAGUGCAGUAGAAAGGACAAAGAGAUAAUCCAGCUAUCUUCCCAGUUGACUGCUGAAUCUUCCACAAUUCUUGAACUGAAUAACAGAAUCAAGCAUGUCGAGGAUCAUCUUAGAAAUGCUUCAACUUGUGCAACAGUUGCUUUUGUUAUUGUGAAUCGAUUAUCUGAGUUGAACUCUAAUCAUCUUGAUGCAUUAAAGCAUUUGGAUAAACAGCUCAUGGAACUAGUAGAAACAAACACUAACAAGGAUUGUGUAAUUCAGAGUCAGGCUUCGAUAAUUGGCGAAGCAGAGAAGCAGGUUCAGUCUCUUAAAAAAGACUUAGAAGGGUUGAAGGCAAGCUGCAGUGAUCUAAGUCUGAAGCUAUCUGAGGAGCAGAAAUGUGGUAAUGCUUUGAGACUGGAGCUAGAAGACUAUGAAGAAAAAACUAUCUUGAAAACAGGAGAGAAACUUACAGAGUUCAAAAAUGGUGUUUCAGAAGUGAGAUCUUACAUGAAGGAGUAUGUGGAGACAAUUGGAAGUUUUGGAGGACAUGAUUCUACAGAAACUUCUACAUGCUUCUCAGUCAAUGAAAAUGAUGACAAACGGACAGGUAUGGAGACAAAAGAAGCUUUCAAAUGCAUGAACUCAUGUGCUGACGGAGAUAUAAUAUUUAAAUCACCAGGAUGUUUUGCUGACCUAGGAAAUAACAGAAGUGGUGAGAACAUUUUGGAGUGUCAAAAUACUUUGAAGGAUGUAAACAACAAAGAUGCCACCAUUAUGCUUCUGAAGAAAGAAAUAGAAUCUGCUCUCGAAAGCUUGAAUGGGGUGCAAGCUGAGAUGUCCAAAUUACGAGAUGAGAAAGAUAAAUUCUACACAUCCGAGAAAGAGAUCCAGAGGGGCAUUGACUGCAUUGUGAAUCAGGUAGUUCUUUUGCAGAAUGCUAUGGAUUAUUUUGAAGAGGAAUCAAAAUUCAGGAUUGAUAGUCUGGAAUUUAAGCUACAUGGGUUGGAAGAAAUUGUGCAGUACUCUUGUAAUUCCUGGAUCAAGCAAAAAGAGUUGCUUGAGGCAGAGCUUGGGGAUGCAAGGGCAGUUUCCACGCAGAAAGACACUGAAGCUUCCUGCAUUCUUGCUAAAUUUGAAGAGGUCCAAGACACCAUGAAAGAUGCAGAUAUAAUGAUAAAUGAACUUAUGAUAGCGAAUGAAACCCUAAAGCUUGAGGUUAAAGAGCUCAGGAAAAAGGAGGUUUCGCUAAUUUGUGACAGCGAUUCCCUUAUCAGGCAAGUUCAAAGCUUGCAGAUCAUAAACGAUCAGAAGAAUUGCCACCUUGAAGAAGUCGAAAGACAGUUGAAAUCAGAUUUUGACACAAUGAAGAGCUCAGUAAUGGAAAUGGAGUUGGUUUUUUCACAGGUCCAAACUGCUUCGAUCAAAGAUUGUUUGUCUGUAGCCUCUGAUUGCCUUUCCAUGAGGUCUUACUUUCAUGACUCCAUAAAGUUAAUGAGCUCAUGUCUUGAGGACAUCUGGUCUGAGAUCAUUAUCAAGGAUUCUGCUGUGUCCGUUCUGCACCUUUGUCAUUUGGGAAUUCUCUUGGAAACAGUGACUGGAUUAAAUGCAGAAAAUGGUUUGCUAAGCCGUGGGUUUGGUGAAUCUAAUGCAGUUAUAUCUGAGUUGAGAGAGCAGAAUAUCAAAUCAAGGAGAGAGCUUGAGAGUUGCAGAAGUCUUGAGGGCAAGUUAUUGGCUGACAUCAAAAAUAGUUUUGAUCGCAUAUCCAGGAAAGAGGAUGAAACUGGGGAACUCAGCAUCAAGCUAACUACUUUUGAGCAAAAGAUAAUGGAUCUACAGUUUCAAGAAGAGUUAAUGUUGCAAAGGUCUAACCAUAUGGGAUCAGAACUGGCAGUGCUAAUGAAGGAGCUGGAUCUUAGUAACCAGAAUGUAUUGGCAUCUUUUCUAGAUCGAGAAAGGUUGCUGAAAAAACAGGAGGAAGUAUUCCGAUCUCAGCAGGACAAUUUUAUAAUGGAAAUGUCUGCAAGAGAUUUUGAAUUUUUGAUCAUGUCAUUGCAGUUAGAACAAGCAACUGCUAUAAAAGCUGACAUUGAGAAAGAACAGCAAAGUUCUAUUGAAGUUCUUGAGACUUUCAAGGAAGACAUGAUUUUCCAAGUUAUAAAUGCAAGAGUAACUGAAUCAAUCUUGCUUGAGAUAGAAGAAGAACAUUCUUCUCUACAGAAGGAAUUUGAAGUAGCAGGAAAGGAGCUGCAAGCAAUGCUGUCAGAGCUUGACAAAAGGAAUGCAACAAUUUCUCAAAUGGAAGAUUUCAACAGAACUCUUCUUCUUGAUGCUCAGUCAUUAAAUGAAGUUGCUUCUUUGAAUGAUAAAUUGAAAGGUGAACUUGAUGAGGAGAUGGAAGCAAAAAAAAUUCUGUCAUUCCAGGUUGAGAAACUUAAUGCUGAAUGUCAGAAAUUAAUAGUAGACAAGAAGGUGAUUGAAGCUGCUCUUGAACUUUCUUCUGGAGAAAUCUCUACCCUUCAGCAGCAAAACCAGACAUUGCAAAGUAAUAUUGUCUUGUUGGAAGCAACAUCUCUUCAACUUCAGAAUGAGCUCCAGAUGAACAAUUCAGAACUUAGCAAGUUCCACUCCGUCGAUGAGAUGGAGAAGUCAACUCAUCGGGAUAUAGCAAAACUCAAAGCAGAAAAUUCUUUGCUCCUACAGGAAUUGGAGGAGAAGAAAGCUGAACUUAUCUCAUCCUUAAGGGAGAAGAACAUCCUUGAUGUUGAAAAUAAAAAAUUGGAGGAUUUCAUCUCUUCAUUGGAAAAUCAAACUGCAAAACUGCAGAUAGAUAUGGAUGAGGCAAGAGCAGAGGUAAAUGAACUCCGCCUUUCUCAGUCUGUAGUCAAAGAUGUCAUUAAAACAAAAAGCCAGGAUUUGCAAAUACAAGUUGCUAGAGUCAAGGCUUUGCAAGAAGAGAAAGCUCUCUUGAGAGGUGAACUCAGAGAUUACAUGAGCAAGGGACGUGAAUAUCUAAAUGCCUCAAGCUCGAAGUUUGUGAGAUGUGUUGAUUCAGUGGAAUAUUUGCAUGCCGCAGGCAACAAUAUAUGCAGUUUAUCCUCUAAAGAAACUCUUUUGUUGGAUGAUAUGUUCCAAGAACUAUGUGUCGAGUUUGGAAGGAUAUCUAGGCUUUUGGAGGAUUUUGAAAAUCUAGAGAAUUUAACUAAAGAGCUUGCAUCUGAAACAGCUUCUUUACAAACUGAGUUACUGAGGAAAGAUGAAAUUCUUGGCGGACUGCUAUUUGAUAUGAGCUUGUUGCAGGAGUCUGCAUCUAAUAGUAUGGACCACAAAGAUGAAAUUGAAGCAUUGUUGGGUUCUAUAAGUUCUUUGGAAGAUGAACUCCAAUUAAAAUCAGACAAUCUCAAUGAAGCUGUUGCCAGAGGCCAAGAACUUGAAGCUCAGCUGCAGGAGAAAAUGAGGAUAAUAUCCUGUUUGGAGUUGGAUAUUGCAAAAGAACAUAAGGCUGUAAGAUCACUCAAGAGUGAAAAUCUUGAAUUGAUUGCCAGCAUCGAAGAUGCUUUAGAAGCUAAGAAGUCCAUGGAGGAGGAGUUGGUCGAGAGAAGGAAAGUCAGUGAGAACCUUGAAACUGAGGUUGCUGAAAUGGGAAUUGCUCUUGCUGAAAUGAACAUAAUGAUUGAGUCCUUAAAAUGUAAUUUGAAUGAUGUUACUGUUGAAAGGGAUGAUCUCCAUGGAGAAAUGCUUGUUUUAAAGAAAGAGCUGGAGAUGGCACGAAUUAGUGCUGAAGAAAAUGGAGCACUUGCUGCAGAAGCUCAAGAGAUGGCAGAAAUUAGUAAAGUUAAUGUUGAAGGUAAGGAACAGGAGGUGAAGCUAUUAGAGCGGUCUGUCGAAGAGCUAGAAUGUACAGUCAAUGUACUCGAAAAUAAGGUCGAGAUACUGAAAGGAGAAGCUGAACGGCAAAGACUGCAAAGGGAGGAACUUGAAAUGGAACUUCAAGCUAUCAGGCAACAGAUGCAUAGUGUCAAAAGCUGUGAUUCUGAUAUGAAAAGGAAACUUGAUGAAAAAGAGAAAAUCCUUGAAGAAGCCCUUCAGCGCAUCCAAAUACUUGAGAGAGAGAUAGCUGCAAAAGAUGCAGAGAUCUCCAGAUGCAGGGGUCACAUCUCUGAACUAAAUUUGCAUGCAGAGGCCCAGGCUUCUGAGUACAAGCAAAAGUUCAAGGUACUGGAAGCUAUGUUAGAACAAGUCAAACAGGAUGUCCCAGCCACCCAUGGCACAAAUUCAUCCGCAAAUAAGUUGGAAAAAAAUGCUUCAAAGUCUAGGGGCUCUGGUUCCCCUUUUAAAUGUAUCGGUCUGGGUUUAGUUCAACAGAUAAAGUCUGAGAAAGAUGAGGAGCUUAGUGCAGGAAGACAUCGUAUUGACGAACUUGAGGCCCUAGCUGCAAGUAGACAAAAAGAGAUAUUCAUGUUGAAUGCACGAUUAGCUGCUGCAGAAAGCAUGACCCAUGAUGUUAUCCGUGAUUUGUUGGGUUUAAAGUUGGACAUGAAUAGUUGUGCGAACUUGCUGGAUAAUCAACAACUACAAAUGCUCAUGGAGAAGGCUCAACUACAUAAUGUUCAGGAGCAGGAAGUAGCUAAGCUGAAGCAGCAGUUGAAUGAAUUUAUCAAGGAGAGGAAAGGAUGGAUUGCAGAAAUUGAUAGAAAACAAGCUGAGAUGGUGACUACACAAGUUGCGGUGGAAAAACUGCGCCAGCGAGAUCAAUUGCUGACAACUGAAAAUGAAAUGUUGAAGAUGGAGAACCUGAAUUAUAAGAAGAGGACUACAGAACUAGAUGCAGAAGUAAAGAAGUUGUCCGGCCAGCAAAAUCUCCAACAGCGAAUCCAUCAUCAUGCUAAAAUCAAGGAAGAAAACAAUAUAUUGAAGAGGCAGAACGAUGAACUUAGUGUGAAGUUGAGAAAAUCAGAGGCUUUGCUUUCAAGGGUGAAGCAAGAGCUGGCUCAGUUUCGCAUAGCUGAUGGGAGAAGUCCCUGCAUCAACUUUGAUGAGGAGCAACGGUUAAACGACAAGUUGAUGGAAACUGAGACAGAGAGAUUCCAAUUGGCACAGGAGUUAGUCAGCCUAUGUACCAGCAUACUAAAGGCUGCUGGGAUAACAAGGCCAAAGUCUGAAGUAAAUCUGGCGGUGGCUGAAGAAGCGCUUGAUCAGCUCAAGAAUAGGGUCAAUGCCCUAGAAACAGAAUUAGAAGACGUGAAAUUGAAGAAUAGAAUGAACAAAGAAAGGAUCAGAUUGUCUGAGCUCAUGCCAGAAACCUCCACUCCGUUCAGCUCACGAACAGACCCCCGCCAACAACCGACACUGCUUUCUGCUUUUGACCGAUAAUUCCAAUUGCUGGUUUGGAUGGAACAUUACUGUUAGCUGCGUGCUAGCAUUUCUUCAUGUUGUACAUAGGGCUAUCAACACUAUUCAGUUUGUUUGUGCACAUAAAUACUCUCAUAUAUAUAUAUAUAGCUUAGUACAUAUGAGAACCCAAUGAAAUUGUUGUUUGUACCUACUUUGUUUUCUUCAAUAAUCUGUUUCUCUCGUCAUAAAUAUUAUGCACCGAAAAGAUAUCAGUUGCGCAA